GUUCAAUUUGAUGAUCCUAAUUUGACGUACCAAAAUGACCUGGAUGAGUUCAAUGUGUUCAAUGUGAUUAUUCUAUCGGCUGGGUUACAUGAACAUUUUGAAUUAGGUCCAAUUCUUUAUUCCGGUCAAGUUAUUUCAGUCAGAUCUUUUUUGGUCGAUUUACAUAUUCCACCGGGUCACUUGGUCCAAUUCUUUACUCCGGUCCAGUUAGGUCUUUUUUGGUUUAUGUGUUCCAUUGGGUUACUUG